CCGCCCAUAAAUUUCUUAGUUGUCAUCAAAUCUCUUGUCUGACUGCCAGAUAGAACUUGAUUAUCUUUGUUAAGUUCCAUAAUUUAAUGGCGGUGGAAUUUCAUUAUCAAUUGGGAAACGAUCGUUGAUAGAAUGUGCCUGAGAAUCUCUUCUAGAUUCCCGCCGCUUCUCUCUCACACUAGGGAUCAACAGUGUAUUGAAAGAAGAAAAAAAUUAAUGUGCACGAGGCUAAACAGCACAGCCAUUCAAUGGAGAAGAUCUGGAGAGUGGUUAUUGUGAUGUUGCUUUGGUUAACUUGUUCAGCAUUUGGGACUUCAUAUCCCCAUAAUAAUCAGCCUCUUUCCAAAAUUGAAAUUCAUAAGACUUCCUUUGCCCUACAUAAUUCUGCUAGCAUUGAGGUCACUCCCACUCUUCUUGGCAUCAAGGGUGAAACAGUUGAAUGGGUGACAGUAAAAUUCCACCACACUUCUCCAUCAGAAUAUGAUUGGGUUGGAGUUUUCUCUCCAGCAAAAUUCAAUGGGUCUGUCUGCUUAGAUAAUGCUCCAGAGUUAGAUGGAAUCCCAUUUCUAUGUACUGCACCUAUAAAGUUCCAAUAUGCAAAUUUUUCAACGCAUGACUAUGUUCGCACAGGAAAUGGAUCUUUAAAUAUUCAGUUGAUCAAUCAGCGAGCCGACUUUGCUUUCGCAUUGUUUUCUGGGGGAUUUUCUAAUCCAGUGUUGUUGGCAAUCUCAAACACUAUCAGCUUUUUGCAUCCAAAAUCUCCAGUUUAUCCACGCAUUGCUCAAGGAAAGGCCUGGAAUGAAGUAAGAUUUCUAUCUGUUACAAUGUAG